AUGUCUGAUCUGCUUGCUAAUGUCGAUUCUCCUAUCACUGAGCGUUCAUUGGUGAUCCAUAUGCUUAAUGAACUUUCUGAGAAAUUUGACAAUAUUCACAAUGUCAUCAAACACAAGUCACCGUUUCCUUCGUUUGCUGCUGCACGAUCUAUGUUGCUUCUAGAGGAGGAGCAUCUCAACAAACCCUCCAAACAGGUAACCUCUGCACCUCUUGGUAUCUCUACACCUCAUCUGCUCUACACCGACGCGAGUCCUGCAACGCCUUCGUCAUACCCUGCGACCAACAAUCGCAACUCAUCUCCGCAACACUUCCCUCCUCAAACCAACCGUGGACACCACAACAGGGGGCGAGGUCGUGGUCGCAACACCGGGUAUCGUGGUCGUGGUCGGCACAACCCUCACCACAACUCAUGGAUGCCGCAACCACCAUCGUACUGGCCUGCUCCCCCUCCACACCAACAGUGGAAUCAACAACAGUGGCGUCCAUCCCCCAUGGCGUAUCAUGUUUCCACUACUCUGCCUCCCAAUACUAGCAUCCUCGGAGCUUAUCCUCCAGCCGUGCCACAAGGACCUCCGAUGCCAACUGUUAUUCCACCCAACAUUGCUCAAGCUUUUGGCACCAUGACACUGCAGAAUCCGCAGGAUUCCAAUUGGUAUAUGGAUACCGUUGCCACGGCACACAUCCCGUCGGAACCAGGUACCUUACUUUCUGUUUUUAAUUCGAGCACCAUUCCCUCUAUAACUGUUGGUAACGGAUCCUCUCUUCCCACAACUUCUAUUGGCUAUCACUAUCUUCCUUCUAAGACCAGACCUCUCCACCUUAAUAAUGUCCUUGUUUGCCCCUCUAUCAUUAAAAAUCUUGUGUCUAUUCGUCAGUUUACCACAGAUAAUUGGGUUUCCAUUGAAUUUGAUCCCUUCGGUUUUCUCGUUAAGGACUUGAGCACACGGACACCACUUCUCCGAUGUGACAGCUCGGGCUCCCUCUACUCCAUCACCAACUCGUCCACCCCUCUCACCUCUCCUCAAGAUUUUCUGUCUACUUCCGUCAGUUCCACCGUGUGGCACCGUCGCCUUGGCCACCCGGGGAACUCUAUUUUAAAUUCUCUGAUAUCUACUGGUUCAAUAAAAUGUUCAAAACCAGAUUCUUCUCUUUGUCAUGCUUGUCAACUUGGGAAACACAUUCACCUUCCUUUUGAUAACUCUGAUUUAAUUAUUUCUGAACCAUUUCAAAUAAUACACUCCGAUGUAUGGACCUCACCGGUUUCCAGCAUCAGUGGGAUCAAAUAUUAUGUCAUUUCUUGA